UUUUUGUAUUGCACUCUGCACCUUCUGCACCAAAUGUUAACAUUUCUACUUUUUGGGGAAGUUUUACAUCUUCAUGGAGGGUCAUACCAGCAGUGGACUGUGGCUGCUCACCCUGUUACUAGGAUGCGGGCAACUCAUCGCAUUUAAUUUGGACACGGAGAAUGUCUUAAGGAGAGAUGGAGAAAAAGGCAGCCUGUUUGGCUUCUCUGUUGCAAUGCACUGGCAGACUCAACCACAGAACAAGAAAAUGGUACUGGUUGGAGCACCACAAGCGAAAGCCAUAGGCAAACAAAAAUCUAAAGUGACAGGAGGAAUAUAUAAGUGUGAACUGGAUUCCGAUAAAUGCAACAGAAUUAUUUUUGAUGAUAAUGAGGAUUUGAAAACAGAAAGCAAAGAAAAUCAGUGGAUGGGGGUUACAGUCAGCAGUCAGGGUCCAGGAGGCAAAGUUUUAACAUGUGCCCACCGAUACCAGCAGCGGGUCCCAAAUUCUGAAUCGCGCACCAUCGAUGGCCGCUGCUAUGUGCUAAGUCAAGACCUAACGUUGACAUCUGACGAAGAAGAUGGUGGUAACUGGCGGUUUUGUAGUGGCCGGGACUACCUGAAAUUUGGCUCCUGCCAGCAGGGACUCUCUGCUAGAUUCGACAAGGACUACCAUUAUUUUAUCUUUGGCGCUCCAGGAGCUUAUGAUUGGAAAGGCUUGGUGCGCUUAGAGCAAAAGAACAUAACUUUUUUCACAUUACCUAUACCGAUAUUUAAUGAUGGGCCUUUUGAAACUGGAGAUGAGAGGAAACUUGACGAUAAACAAGUUCCUACACCUGACAACAGCUACCUAGGUUUUUCCCUGGAUACGGGAAAACUUUUGACCGCUAGUGGUGAACUGACGGUGGUAGCAGGAGCUCCUAGAGCCUUUUACAGUGGGGCAGUGGUGCUUUUGAAGAAGGGUGGUCCUGAUACAAGAAGCAUGGAACCGGAGCACAUUCUUAAAGGGGAGGGUUUGGCAUCUUCUUUUGGAUAUGAUCUGACUGUGCUGGAUUUUAAUGGAGACGGUUGGGAGGACAUAGUGGUAGGAGCCCCUCAGUUCUUUAAAAAGGAGUCAGACAUUGGAGGAGCUGUCUACAUAUACAUCAACAAGGCUGGUAACUGGAAGGAAGCCAAGCCAACCAGAAUCGAUGGAACUGCAGACUCUAUGUUUGGCCUUGCUGUGGAAUUCCUGGGAGAUCUCAAUCAGGAUGGAUACCACGAUUUUGCUGUAGGAGCUCCUUAUGAAGACGAUGGUGCAGGCAAAGUUUACAUUUACCAUGGAUCAGCAAGAACAAAACCCACUAACAAACACACACAGGUCUUAUCUGGCAAGUCAUUUGGAGCGAGGCAGUUUGGGUACUCUUUGGCAGGAAACAUGGACCUGGACUGGAACUUUUAUCCUGACAUGGUUGUUGGAUCUCUCUCAGAUUCAAUCUUUACAUUCAAGACCCGACCAGUUGUUAGCAUUCAGAAGGAGGUAACUUUCUCACCAAGUAAAAUCAAUCUCAGCGAGAAGAACUGUGGCAACGCCUUUUGCUUGGAAGUGAAAGCGUGCUUCACCUACGCUGCUCACCCAACGGCAAAUAGUCCCUCACUGAAAAUAAAAUACAAUCUUGAGGUGGAUGCUGAACGCAAGAAGAAUAAUCUUGAGCCCAGAGGGAAAUUCACUGUGACUCCAGACCCAGAAAAUACACACAAGUCUAUUGGUAUCCUUACCAUGAAAGCAAAAGGAAAGCAGCAAUGUGUUACAGAGAAACUUAUGAUAGAGGAAGGGAUAAAGGACAAGCUACUUGCGAUCCCCAUUGAUGUUUUAGUCAACAUUGAUGGGAAUGCUAACCGUAAACGUAGACAGACCCAAGCCUCUCAACUUACUCCUAUUCUAGAUGCUAAGGAUGUGAAAACAACUCGAACAGAGGUGGAAUUUUUGAAAGAAGGAUGUGGCAACGAUGGUGUAUGUAAUAGUAACCUGAAGCUGGAAUAUCGCUAUGGCUACACUACUCUUGAUGAGGAUAUAUUUACACCUGUAAAUAUGGAUAAGGGGGUGCCAACGAUCUCAUUAAGCACUUCAAAAAGUGUUGCUUUGGAAGUGACGGUGACCAAUAAAGAUGGAGAGGAUGCAUAUGAAGCUUUUGUAAUUGGUUAUUUCCCAAGAGCCAUGACUUACUCUGUAUACCGAGCUCCAAUAAAUUCCCAAGUCCGCUGUGAGGGAAACACGAAUGGAUCUAAGGCUGAUUGUGAGGUUGGGAACCCUUUUAAGCGUAAUACAAAGACAACCUUCUACAUUAUUUUGGGUACUACUGACCAGUUCUAUAACACUACUGAAUUUAACAUUGAACUGCAUUUAAAAACGAUGAGUGAGCAGCCCGAUCUCAUGUCUGUGAACGCAAAGGCAAAGGUGGCCAUCGAGCUGCAGCUGUCCUUAUCAGGGCAAAUUGAACCAUCUCAAGUCUCCUUUAGUGAAGAGCCCAAAGAAGUAACAGACUCAAAGACCGAAAGCGACAUUGGCAGCGCCAUCACCUAUCGGUUCACUAUUAUCAACCGAGGAAAACGACUGAAAGACAUUGGAACUGCAACCCUUCAAAUAAAUUGGCCUAAGAUGACAGAGGAAAACAAUGAUCUUCUCUACCUGAUGGAAAUCAGCUCCAAUGAACUAAAGCAGAUAAAGUGCACUCCCACUGGAGAGAUCAACCCUCUUAAAAAGAAACCAGAUAACAGAAACAGAAGGGCCACUAAUGAAGGAGGUUAUGGGACCCUGUCACGCCUGAUUGGAAACAACAAGAAAAUCAAGACACUGUCAUGCGACGCUGGAACAAAAUGCGUGACACUGAAGUGCCCCCUCUUGGGGCUGGACUAUAAGGCAACCAUCACUCUGAAAUCUCGUCUUUGGAAUACCACUUUUAUAAAGGAGUUUUCAGAUGCAAAUUAUGUGGAAGUGCUGGUGAUGGCUUCUCUACAUGUUGACAGUACGAAGAUCACAAUGCAAAAAGAUCCAGAAACUCAGGUGAGGCUGAUGGUAUUCCCAGAGAGACGUACAGCUCAGUUUGGCUCGGGAGUAGCAUGGUGGAUCAUCCUGCUGUCAAUCCUGCUCCUCCUGCUGUUGCUGGCCCUGUUGGCUUUCCUUCUUUGGAAGUGUGGACUCUUUGAGAAGAAAAAGGAUGGUCCAUCAGACAAAGAGAAGCUGACAACAAAUGCAUAAAAGUGGGUCAAAGAUGGCAUUGUGCUUUACUCCCAUUGAUGUCAAACAAAGGCAUAUUUUCACUUACACAACUAGAUUGGAUGAAACAAAAACCUUGGGAGGGGGGGAAAAGCUGUGGAUGGCAUCACAUGACAAGAACCCUACGAGAUAAAAAUAAAGGUGUUACUUGGAUCACCAGAUAUUUUUAUUUUGCACACAGAGUUGAAGAUGAAACAUUUUUGGAAAA